UGCACUGGUUAUGUCAGCAUCACCACGCGUCAGUCAGAGAUGCAUCAGGCUCUGGGACAAGAUAGCUGCGAAAACCAAAUCUGUUUCAAGUCGCACCGUGCCGUCGCUGUAAGAUUGACACAGACGGAGAGCAUGUGUUGCGUGAGUCUUAAAACCUCCUGCGGGGACUGACAGGAAACGCUUGCUAGCUUGCAAGGAGGGUGUCUCCAUAGAAACCAGAGCAGGUGACACAGGAAGACAAGUCGAAGCUCAGCUGGCACAGACUUGAAGGGGUGGAGGUAGAAGAAUGAGGUCACGGUGCUAAUAAAUGUUCAGGCUUGGAAUAGUUGUGUUUGUGUGUCUGUGAGUUGAAGUUGUUGAUGGUGUAGGUAGAGUCGGUGAUCACGUACGUUCCUGACAGACGCUUGAAGGUCGCCAUAUUGACGGAAAUUAGGGAUAAUCUAUCUGGACUUCCUGUUUGGCCAUUCUGUUACGUCUACGAAAACAGCAGCGCUACCAUGCCGAUCCUGAAGCAGCUGGUGUCUGGCUCCUCACAGACCAAGCGGCGGUCCCGCCUGGACCUGACCAGGGAGAUGAUCAGUGCCCCUCUGGGUGACUUUCGCCACACCAUGCACGUGGGCCGCAGCGGCGACGCCUUCGGUGACACUUCUUUCCUCAGCAGCCGCUCCGGAGAGCCUCCGCCCGAGACCACCUCUUCGCCCCGCUCCCCACGACCCGGCCUCCUCUCUCGUACUUUCAGGAGCAGCAAACGUUCCCAGUCAGUGACCAGAGUGGACCAUGAGGAUUCCAUGACCAUCUCAGGAGGGUCACCCAUCUACGUGAAGAAUGCCAUGUCGCUGCCUUUCCUCAAUGAUGAAGACAGAGGGGACGGCAUUGGGUCGAAAAGCCUCUCCUCAAGUCCUCUGAAGCAGCGUGAGGAGCUGGAUGGGAGGGGUGCGGCUGCCCCCACUCAGCUCUUGGAACUGGAGGAGCAAAAGUUUGGAGAUCUGACUGAACUCCCAGAGGGAUACCGCAACUAUGGAGGAGGAAUGAAGCAUGCCGAGUCGGUGAUGUCCUUCCAUGUGGACCUGGGACCCUCUAUGUUGGGUGAUAUUUUGGGGGUGAUGGAGAAGGAUGAUGAUGAUCUUGGGUAUGAGGAAGGAAAGAGCAGUGAGGGCCGGGCUUCCCCGCCCCUCAGCACUCACGGAGAGGACAGCUUGGAAAGGGGCAAGGAGGAGAGCUCUGAAGAGCAGAUGGAAGCAGAAGAAGAAGAAGAGGAAGAGGAGGAGGAGGAGAGGGUUGAGCUGCAUCCCGCCAGCUCCGUGAGUCUGCCAUCUGAGAACGGGGGACCCUACACCCCGGAGUACACUCCCGAGACACGACCCAAGCACCUGCAGCAUCUCGACAGCUGCUCCGUGUCCAGCUCCAGCUCCGCCGCCAUGGACGAAAAGCCGAGCAGCCACCUCUACGCUGGAGACACAGACAGCGCCACCUUUAGUGCCCCGCCAGAGGAGGAGAGCAACUUCUCCUCGUUCCUGGACGACGAAGACGACGAGAUUCACGUCUGAAAUUCUAAAGCGUUCCGUCAGCCAUUUGAGAGCUCAGACUCGGUGGACAUUCACAAAGUCAGUAGAGUGGCAGUCUGGACCGUGUCGAAAAGAACUCCUGCAGUAAAAACACUUUCCAUAACUAAAGCUGGGCUCUCACCACUUCCCUCUCCCAUCUCACUUGGCUCGUCCCGUGUUUCUCUUUCAUCCGGUUCGCCUCUCCUCUUUCACUCUAGCUGCGGGAGAUUCGGAACAGAAGGCCUCUGUCAGCACAGGAUCACGGCUGGAGCUCUUGUCUCGGAAAAAUGGGGACUGAGUGCGUCACUUGAGAUCUCACCCAAAUCUCAUCAGUAUAAUCCAGCGAAGUGCCAGGAAGCUGUCUCCGUGUAACUCAGGGUGAUCGCAGCAGCAGCCGCUCCGAUCGGCCACAGAGGCGACAGUCCUCUUUGCAACUCAGCAGUCACGUUGUGAUUUGGUUAUUUUGGAAGCUGCGCGUGUGCUGUUCAUCAGUCAACACAGUUGCCACUUCCUUCCUGGUCGC